GACACCGCUAGCGCCGGCAAGAAGGGCUGCGCCGACAAGGGCAAGGGCCGAGGUGAUGCCAAGGGCAAGUUCGAGGGAUACUCGGAUGGCAAGGCGUUCGGCAGAGGCAAGCCAGGCCUGCCCGAUGACCAGUGCUUCGGUGGAGGCUAUCCGUCGCACGACGCUUACGGCUUCCAAGACAGCGGCAAAGGCUUCAAGGGCAAGGGCAAGGACGGCAAGGGCUGCGGCCACGGCUGCGGCAAGCCGUCCGAAGGCGGCCCCGUGCCCUGCAGGUGGUUGUGCCAGAGGGGUCAGGAC